AUGGGUUCGGCCCAAGGACAGGACAUCAUUCGCUGUCAGAUGUGUUCCAACCCUGUAGAACACCACUGCAAUCUUUGUCAUGUGGACCUCUGCCUCUCAUGCAUACAAAAACACAUGGCUGAUAAAUCGAGGAAACAUGAAGUUGUCGAAUACGCGUCAAGAAAACAACAGGCUGCUGCUCUUCCAACCUGUCGCGCACACAAGAAAAACCGAUGCGAGACAUAUUGCAAAGACUGUAAAAUUCCAAUAUGUAUUCUGUGUAUGAUGGGUUCACACAAAAAACAUGAAUUUACUGAUAUCAAUGAAAUUCUUCAAAGACACAAACAACAAAUUAUAGCCGACAUAAAAGAACUGGAAAAUACCAUUGUUCCAAAAUACAGGAACAUCAACCCAACCACAACUGCUACAGAGUUUUACAAAGUUCUGUCUGCCAUAAAAGAACAGGAGGAUGAGAUUUGCAGAGCUGUACGUGAAGCGGGACUUCAACUCACUGAUGAAGUAAUUAGACUGAAAAAAGAAGUUACAGCUAAAAACAAAGGAAGCCAGACUCUCGCAGAAAAAGCUGAAAAACAACUCAGUCAAAUCAUUCAAGAGAAUAAAGAUAUCCUCAAGGCCAAUGAUGCCAUAGCCAUAAUAAACUAUCAAUCAAGGAAUGAGGAUUUCCGAAAUGGCCCAGAAUUACCCAGAUUAUCCUGUCCAGAGCUACUCCCUGGUAUUAUUAAACAAGAUCAAAUUACUGACAUGCUGGGUUUUCUUACCAUUGGAGUGAAGAAAAAGCCUGGAGGGCUGAAAAUGAUGGAUGAACCUGCGAUAAUAAGCACCAUACAAAGCCCUUAUGGACUUAACCAGCUGCUUUGGGGAGUGCAGUGUGUGGGUAGAGAUAAAAUCUUGACCAGUGGAGAUGACAACACAAUCACGCAAAUGGACAGAACCGGGUCCAUUAUAAAAACAAUUCAUACAAAUGAUAAUGUGUGGGCAAUGACUAUUAAUAUGCUACAAGAACCAGUGUUUUCUUUGGCCAAAAGAUCUCCCAAUGAUAUAUACAUUUAUACUAAAAACAAGGUGCAGGUAUUAUUAUUUAGCAAGCCUGACUGGUGUCCUGUUGGUCUAUGUUAUACAGUAAAUGGACAUCUACUUGUAAGCAUGCGUUCUAUGGAUGAGACACAAAGUUGCGUGGUGAGGUACUCAGGUAUAAAAGAGAAUCAAAAGAUCCAAUAUGACAGUAAGGAACAACCUCUGUUUUCCACAAAUGUUGGGUUUGUACUUCUGCUAGCAGAAAAUGGUAAUAAAGAUAUCUGUGUUGCUGACUCUGCUGGGAAGGCAGUUGUUGUUGUGGAUUCUUCUGGCAGAUUACGAUUCAAGUAUCAAGGCAACUUCUCAAGCCAAUCAAAGAACACAGAAUUUAGACCAUUCCACAUUGCUACUGAUGUCAAAUCUCAAAUACUGAUAUGUGAAAACAUAAACAGAGUUGUCCAUAUCAUUGAUUAUGAUGGUAACUUUGUUCGUUAUAUUAAACAUCCAUGUGAUGGUGGACUGAGCAUUGAUACCGAUCACAAUCUUGUUAUUGGAGAUGAAAAAACUGGUAAAAUUCAUACCAUCAAAUAUCUGAAGUGA